AUGCAAAAUAAUAACCAGCUUUUUUUGUUUUCAGAUUUUGACGAAUGUGCCUCAGCUCCUUGCCAAAAUGGUGGUUCCUGCAUUAAUCUAGAAAACUCCUUUAUGUGCAAUUGCUCCAGCGCCUGGGAAGGCAACGUUUGUCAGUUUGACGCCGACGAAUGUCUCAAUAAUCCCUGCAUUAAUGCCGUAUCAUGCACCAAUCUAGUAGGCGAUUAUCAUUGCAAAUGCAGAGUGGGCUGGAUGGGAAAAAACUGUGAUCAGAACAUCAACGAUUGCGUUGGCCAAUGUCAACAUGGUGCAACUUGUAUCGAUUUAGUCAACGAUUACCAUUGCGCUUGUAAGCCCGGAUAUACAGGGAGAGAUUGCCACACCGAUAUAGACGACUGCGAAUCAAAUCCAUGCAAAAACGGUGGAGAAUGCGUAGACCAAGUAAACGGAUACAAGUGUAUCUGCCCUGUAGGGAUCACUGGCCACGAAUGUGAAAACGACUACGACCACUGCAAUCCAGAUCCCUGUCAAAAUGGUGCUCCGUGUUUUAAAACUCAAUCUGACUAUUACUGUCAUUGUCCAGAGGUAUGGCAAGGAAAAAACUGUAGUCAAGCCAAAGUUUUGUGUGAUGGAACUUCUUGCGAUGAGGUAAUUGAGAGCUGUGUAGUAGUUUCAGUAGGAGGAACUAGGAUUUCUGCACCAAGCGUUUGCGGUGAACAUGGCCAUUGCAUAAAUCAAGCCGGCGUCGGACAUAAAUGCCAGUGUAAACCAGGUUAUACAGGCAAAUAUUGCCAUGAAAACAUCAACGAUUGUAAAAUAAACCCUUGCGAAAAUGGCGGUACCUGUGUGGACAAAGUCAACGCUUUCCAGUGCAUUUGUAUCGAAGGAUGGGAAGAUACUGAUGAUUGCUCUCCUAAUCCUUGUCGCAAUAAUGGAACCUGUAUCGAUGGCGUUGCUGAUUUCGAGUGCGACUGCAACGACGGAUGGAAAGGCAAAACUUGUUCCUUGAAAGACAGUCACUGUGAUCAUUCAACCUGUAAAAAUGGCGGAACAUGUCAAGACUUAGGAAACACCUUUAUUUGUAGAUGUCCACCAGACUGGGAAGGAACAACAUGCCACUUGGCCAAACAAACAGCGUGUAAAUCAAAUCCUUGUUUAAACGGAGGAACUUGCGUCAAUACUGGUGACUACUAUCAAUGUAUUUGUAGAGAUGGAUUUGAAGGUAACCAUUGCCAAGAAGACGUCAACGACUGCAGUCCGCAGCCUUGCUAUAAUGGAGGAAAAUGUAUUGAUGGAGUUAACUGGUUCCUUUGCGAAUGUGCACCAGGUUUUACUGGACCUGAUUGUAGAAUCAAUGUCAACGAAUGUGCUUCGAAUCCUUGCGGAUAUGGUGGGACAUGUAUAGAUGAUAUUGGAGAUUUCAAAUGCAUUUGUCCUCCAGGGAGGAAAGGCAAGAGAUGUAACCUUAACGACUUGACGUACCUCCCAUCACCUGGGAGCUGUCCGUGGAAUAGCCACACUCUUGAAAACAACGUCACGUGGCAACACGAAUGUAAUACAUGUAUGUGUAACAAUGGCGUAGUUAAAUGUACAAAAGUUUGGUGUGGACUUAAUAACUGUCGAACCUCUAAUCAACAAAACCUGUGUACCUUGACACAAGUCUGCGUUCCAUCCGCCCUAGAAUCUUGUCUUUCGCCCCCUUGCCUUCCCUAUGGUGAAUGUAGAGACCUAGAAAGUGGAAGAAGAGUCAAACCACCUUCGGUACCCACACCCAGUACGUGUUGGCCGAACCAAGCUGUGCUCAGUAACACGUGUGCCAGACUGACAUUGCUAGUGGAUAGAAUCAAACUUCCGCAAGGAACUACGGUUGAAGGUUUAUGUGGAGACUUGAGAAGGUUGCUGGCAAAUCAGCAGGCGAUCGAAGGUCUUCAAGAUACAUUGGUGCUUCUUUGUGACUUAAAAACGGGUUACAAUGAUACAGUAGAAGUAACACUAUCCGGAGAUCGUUGGGUGCUGGAUGGAAUUCGAGUUGUCGGCGAAGCCAUAUCCAGGAAACAAACAAGCCUUCUGGGAUUGGCCUCCAUCGUGGAAGUAAAAGUAGAGACUGCUCUUGUAUCAGGAGAGCAACAAAGUAACUCGUACCUCAUCGCUUUGGUUUGUUUGAUUAUAAUCGGAUUAUGUGCAGCUGCGUUUGCUGGUGUUCUGUAUAUACGACAACGAAGAAGAAAUCUUGGACUUAGCGGCGUCAACUUGUCGCCUUCCACUGAUGCUUGCCAUAGAAAUCACGAAGAUGAGAAAUCGAAUAAUUUACAAAACGAAGAAAAUUUAAGAAGGUAUGCCAAUCCUCUUAAAGACGACGUAGGCAGCUUAGCUAGCAUAAACUCAUUGGAUAUGCCACGCGUUAGCGUAGUUCGACCAAUGUCUAGUAUUCUUCCCCACGACAGUUCCAGCGAGAUGUUAGAAAUGAUCUCCGAAAUCGACUGUCCAGGCUCACGAAAGACAAUGCUGGUAUUACCUAGCACCAGCGCUUCAGACUCUGCCCUAAAGCUUCACGAAGGUGUCAAAGGGACUGAGGGCCUCAACAGCGCCCACCGCAGCAGCCAAAUAAUGCUGUACAAAGCCCAAAAUCCGGACGUUCGGAAAAACACUGCCGCUUUCGAUGAUUCAUCGGGACACAAGGACUUUAGUAAAAAUAUUAUUAAUGUUAAUAAGCAAAGGACUUCACAACAUCAGCAGCAACAACAACAGCAACAGAAUAGUAGUGCGGAUGUGCUAACGGUACUUGUUUGA